CUGGACCAAGCUGCCCGUCGGAGGCAUUGAGACACGCCAAUCUACCCUAUUCGCUUCAAAUAGUACCAUCUUCUUCUACAUCUCGGUCUAUGAAACGCCGCUUUUCGCCUAUGGCACCAAUUUGUCGUCAUCCCCUUCAUCUACUCUAUUUCCUUUUCAUACGGCCGAGGGACAGUCCUUUUCCCACCAUGCUCACUCCUCUAAUCCUUUGCGCUUCAGUAGCCACGAGAGAAAUCGUUCAAUCCACUGCAAACCUCCGGGGCAAUCUUGCCAAGAAGCCUCUCAAACCUGAGAAAACUCAAACGAAAGCCCGGAGACAUCGACAUUUAAACUUUUUAGCGCCCACCCUCGCGCAUCGCCACAAAAAACUGCAAACCAUAAAUCGAUAUUGUCCUCACGGACUCAAUGACAUGACUUUACAACUCUGCACAACUAGCACAGCGUUCUAUAUGCUUACUUUGAUUCCAAUCAUGGUUGAACCAUGAGUCUAUGGGAGGAAUUAGUUUCUCUUUUGGUUAUGUAUUCGGAGAGGACUAUUGACUAGAGAUUUGGAUGUUCGCCACGCGGCGAUUUUGAAUUCGAGAUGAUCGAGCUUGACAGGAACAAGCAUGGCGUUAUUGGCAUAUGAACUCUACUUUUUACUUGGCUACCACUGGAGCU